CGACUUUCGACUUUCUUGUUCGACACUUUCUGUCUGCUCGUCACCCGACUCUCACCUACGACCUCUAGCCUUUCUGCUAUUUUCACGUCAACUGCACACCAUCACAGAAGCCUGAAAUGCUCUGAGCGCCAUUCUGCACAACUCUAGCACAACAUGAGCUCAGGCUCUCCCUCGGGCAGUGGCUACGCCUCGCCCUCGAACAGCUCUCCGUCAUCCAUGCGCCGCCACCCCGGUCGUCCUCAGUACAUGACUGUCGGCUCCGGCUCUACUUCUGAACACGCCGCUCGCCUGACUGCUAUGCUCGACAACGAUUCUGGAUACGGAGGCAGCAUCGCCGACGGCGCCACUUUUGAUCCUACCUUCGACCAAGAUCCCAUGACUCAACUGGCCACAGCUCAAGGCGCUACUUCUGACAACGAAAGACGCGCUAUCGCCAGCCAUGUCCACCAGCUUCAAUACAACCAAAACCGUACUGCACUCGGUCGUGCUAUCGGUGAAACUGUCGACACUCUAAAGAAACUGCAAGACAUGAACUCAAAAUGGCCCGCUCAUUAUCCGACCGUACAACGCCCGAUCCCUGCUCCUCGCGUCCACCCCGAUCCUCGACCUGGUCUUGUCCAUACUCAAUCCGGGUUUGACAAUCACACCGCCCAUGAGACAUUCAAGCGCCCGACUCCUCGUCGUGCUGGUACUACCAUAGGCGAUGAUAUGAUGGAGCCCGAGUCUAGCGGAGCUGCUGCCCGUGCUCCUGCAGCGGAACCCAGGCUGGUCACUCCACAACUGUCCCGCCAGUUUUCGGUACUCAAGAUUGAAUUGAAGAUGGAGGGUGUUCACCAGACUGAGCUUGUUCAUUCUUUGGAGAAGCAAUCAAUCGCCUCGCUUCUCGACGGCCAGAUCAACAACAGCGUGCGACAUCUCUUCUCGCUAAGAGACCGCAUUGAAGACACUUCGAGCAAAGUGUUGAUUACUGGUGAUCUCAACGCUGGAAAGUCCACCUUCUGCAACGCUCUUUUGAGGCGCAAGGUCCUACCCGAGGAUCAACAACCGUGUACUAGCAUCUUCUGCGAGGUCUUGGACUGCCGUGAGAACGGAGGCAUCGAGGAAGUUCAUGCCAUUCCUAAUGGUGUCGAUUACAAUCGUCAUGACGAAAGCACGUAUGCUGUCUUCGGCCUUGAGCAAUUGGAAGAUAUCGUGAUCGACAACGAAAAGUGGUCUCAAUGCAAAGUCUACAUUAAGGAUGUCCGCUCCGUAGACCAAUCGCUACUCAACAAUGGCGUGGUCGAUAUUGCCUUGAUUGAUGCCCCUGGAUUGAACAACGACUCGCUCAAGACAACUGCUGUUUUUGCUCGACAGGAAGAAAUUGAUGUUGUUGUUUUUGUUGUCUCCGCUGCUAACCACUUCACCUUAUCAGCCAAGGAGUUCAUCUUCAAUGCUGCUCGCGAAAAGGCAUACAUGUUUAUGGUCGUCAACGCUUACGAUAACAUCCGCGACAAGAAGAGGUGUCAGGAAAUGAUCCUGAAGCAGGUCAACCACCUCAGCCCUGCUACUUUCAAGGAGUCAUCUGAGCUUGUCCAUUUCGUCUCAAGUAACGCAAUCCCAGUAGCUCCAGCCGGUGGAUCUGGAGGCCCCGAUGGCCCUGGUGGCUCUGGAAGCGGUUCUGGCUCAAGCAGCGGUGGCCCAAGUGGUGACCCUGGUCACGAUGACGAAUCUUCAGACAAGAAGGACAAGGGCAAGGGUAAAGAACAGGAGAAGAUUGACGACUUCAACGAGCUCGAGGCUUCACUGCGUCGUUUCGUAUUGGAGAAGAGAGCACGUUCCAAGCUCGCUCCUGCGAAGACCUACCUUCUCAACGUACUCGGUGAUCUCGGCAGUCUUGCUGGCGUGAACAAGGAGGUCGCUCAGAACGAACUCGAUCGUGUUACCAAGGAGCUCAAAGACCUCGAGCCUGUGUAUGAAAAGUCCAAGAAGGCGCGUUCAGAGGCCGGAGAAGGCGUCGACUUUACUAUCGACGAGACCGCAUCGGACAUCUACAAAGCAUCUCGCGACACCAUCAACAACACUAUCGCUCGCGCUGGAGAACAGGAUCUCGGCGUGGAAUACCCCGGCUUGUUCAGCGUCUACCAGUACGCAGAUGAACUGAAGACAGCCAUGCUAGAACAGAUCACACGCUCGGUGCACGACUGUGAAGAAGCUGCUAGAGACCACACAGCAAAGGGAGUCGAUGGCAUCAAGAACCUUGGAGUUCUUCAUCUCGGCGAUGAUUACGAAGACCUGACCUUCAAAUCUGAAUACAUGUUCCGAACACGUAGGGACGCCCUGACGCGACAAGUGGAUGUUGACGUUGAGAUGUCCGACUUCUUCGAUCUGGCAAGCCUUUGGGAACGUCAAGAGAAGGUUGCUGGAGCAAGUAUGGCCGUCACUAUCGCAGGUGUCGUCGGUGGCCGCAUGUUCGGCGGUGUCGGGUGGGUUGAUGGUGCCUUGGGUGCAGCGAAGGUUCUUGGACCCAGUAACUUGCGCAGACUGAUGAUCCCUGGAAUCGUUCUCGCAAUUGCUCUCGGUGCUUCGUAUGCGUUGAGCUCUAUCCCCCACUCUCUGCCACGUCGACUUUCACAAAAGCUCUCAGCUCAGCUUGCAGAGUUGGACUACACACAUGCCAACGCUACACGAAUCUCAUCUGAGGUUAGAAGAGCACUGAAGUUCCCUGCCGACAAGCUUCGGGAGGGACUUCAACGAAGCGUAGAGCAACUGCUCGACGAACGUAAGGAGAAGAUCAAGCUACAAAGCGAGAGCGAAGUAGCAAAGAAGUACUUCAGCAAUCUCGUCAGAGAAAGUGGUGACAUCCGUAGCAGAGUCAUGCGGGUCGACUUGGAAGGACCCGCACCUGGUCACCUCGGCGGCCAUGGCGUCUAGCUGCCGUAUCAAUGGGCAAAAGCAAUUGAGUGCAACAAUGGGAAAGGCGCAAACCGGCGCAAGGAGCAGGUAUCCGUCCAUCUUUCAUUUCUGGGACCUAAAAGGAAAUCGAUCGUACCGUACAGCUUUUGAGGGCAGCUUCGGCCCUCGUCCACUUCUCUUCUCUUCUAUAGUUCAAUACCCCUCUUACAUGAAACAGUAAUGCUAUUUUACCUCAAGACUUGAUCAUGACU